AGUCAGGUUCAUCCACGGAUACCUCAUCUCUACCAGCUCCACACCGCUCAUCAGGAGUCUACGGCAACGUCAGAGCCAAGAUGGGGCGGAAGGAGAUCAGCUGCAGCUGGAAGAAAAGCACCAGUAAUAUCAAGGACGUGUUUGACUUCAAGGGGAAAAUGGGAUCGGGGUCUUUUUCAGAGGUGUUUAUGGUGAGAGAGAAGACAACAGGAAAACUGUAUGCCCUGAAGUGUCUGAGGAAAAAACACCUUGCUCAUAGCAACCUCGAAAAUGAAAUCAAUGUACUGAGAAGGAUACAGCAUGAGAACGUAGUGGGACUGGAGGAUUUCUAUGAGAGUCAAACGCACUACUACCUGGUCAUGCAAUUAGUGUCAGGCGGGGAGCUGUUUGAUCGCAUUAUAGACAAGGGGGUUUACACCGAGAAGGACGCCAGUACAGUGAUCAAACAGGUGCUGCAGGCUGUCAGCUACCUGCACGAAAACAGCAUCGUACACAGGGACCUUAAGCCUGAGAACCUGCUGUACUAUAAUACAGAUGAGAAUGCUAAGAUCAUGGUCAGUGACUUUGGUCUGUCCAAAACGAUGGAGCACGGAGUGAUGUCCACAGCCUGUGGUACACCAGGAUAUGUCGCCCCUGAGGUUUUGGCCCAGAAGCCCUACAGCAAAGCAGUGGACUGCUGGUCCAUUGGAGUUAUCACUUACAUCCUGCUCUGCGGCUACCCUCCAUUCUUUGACGACAACGAGACUCGUCUUUUUUCAAAGAUCGUGAGAGCAGAGUACGCCUUCCAUUCACCUUUCUGGGACGACAUCUCUGAGUCAGCCAAAGACUUCAUCAGGAAUAUGAUGGAGAAAAACCCCACCAAACGCUUCCUCACCGAGCAGGCACUCAGACACCCAUGGAUUGCUGGAAAUGAAGCUAAAGACCUGGACAUUUAUCAGUCUGUCUGUGAACAGAUAGAGAGAAACUUUGCCAAAUCCAAAUGGAAGCAAGCCAUCAACGCAGCCUCAAUUAUCCACCACAUGAAGAAAAUGCAGUCGUCCCUCACUGAGCCGUCCCCCUCACAACUCUGCACGCCCAACAUCCUAGUAGAGGCCUCCCAGAAUGACCAGGAGGCGCUGGGACCCUGCCACGAUGAGGCUAAUGGCCUCGACCCAAACGGGAAUCCCAUUCAUGCAGCCAAUCAUCUAUCCUGCUCUAAUCCUGAGUUGGGCAGAGUUCUCUGUCCACCACUGAGAGCCAGUCACAGUGAGCCUGGGAACACCCUCACCGUUGAUGGAUCAAGAGAGGUCAAAAACUUCCUUUCAGAGAUCGACACUCCUUUCAGGCCAUCUAAGAGGUGA